GGAAGGCCUGGGAGGCGGAGAAGACGAGGAGGGAGCGGGAGGCUGCCGGCCGGGCGACGAGAGAAGGAAGGGCGCCGAAGGAGCCAGGAGAGGAGGAGGAGGAGGAGGAGGAGGGGGCUGGCGAGAGGGGCGCCUUGCCCGGGGGCACCGGGGCCGAAGGGAUGCCCCUUGGAGGGCUGGCCCAGUGCUAGCCCCUCUUCUGCCCGGGGAAGGUGCUGCAUGGCCCGGCCAUGGAGGUGGUGGACGAGACGGAGGCGCUGCAGCGCUUCUUCGAAGGUCAUGAUAUUAAUGGAGCUCUUGAACCAUCAAAUAUUGACACCAGCAUACUGGAAGAAUACAUUGGCAAGGAGGACUCACCAGAUAUCUCUGAUUUGGACUCCAUCUCUGACAUCUCAGCCUCAGCUGGCUAUCCUCAUGCUCAGCCUUCCAGCUCUGUCAGUAUCAAUGCAUCUGUUUCCAGUGCUGCUCAUGUGACUAAUGCUAUAACCAGUGGCAACCUCCAUCAUGCUCCCCCAAAUACCCAAGUCCCGAUCCGGCACAGUCUACAUCAUGGCCCCCCAAGCACCCAAGUUCCAAUCCGACACUGUCCUCCUUUGCCUAACCCAUGCGGACCCAGCUACAGUGCUCACCUCAACUGCAAUAACAACAAUGGCAUGGUAGCGCCCAAGGGGUACCUCAGUGGACACUGCCUGUCCAACAUUGCCCCACCAAUCAAAUCAGAGCUCAAGGCCUCCUACGCACCUGGCACUUUACCCGACUCUCCCCCGGAUUCUGGAUCAGAAGCAUACUCCCCCCAGCAGGUGAAUGGACAAUGGGGUAGUAUGCAGCCUACAUGUUCUACCACAUAUCUCUAUCCUCAUCUCCUUCGAACGAUGACACCUGAGAACAUGUGUCAUGUGACUCCACCUUCCCGGCUGGAGCAUCCGCCACCUCCACCCCCACCCCCUCCACCAUCCCAUCUCCAAGGACCACCACCUCCACCACCACCACCACCACCACCUCACCCACACCAGCAACAACACAACCAUCAUUAUCCCAGCAUGCAGCGGGACAUGUACAUGAAGGCUGAACCUCUUAUGCCACAGUUCACUAUAGGACAGGGUAUCUCACCUGGAGAUCUUCACCAUGCCCAGCAGUCACAGAUGCUUCACCAGCUACUUCAGCAGCAUGGAGCAGACCUUCCAGUGCACCCUGCCAAAAAAAGGAAGCACUCAGAGUCACCCCCAAAUACUCUCAAUACCCAGAUGCUCAACGGGAUGAUAAAGCAAGAGCCAGGUACAGGGUCUGUGCCACUCAACCCUGACAGAGCACAAACCCCUCCGUGGCAUCAACAAGGGCCCCUCUCACCAGGCUUGAUUCAGGACAAUGACAGUUUAAAUGGCUCCUACCUGGAUCCCAACUACCAAUCUAUAAAAUGGCAGCCACAUCAACAGAACAAGUGGGCGACUCUGUAUGAUGCUAACUACAAGGAGCUGCCAAUGCCCACAUACCGGGUGGAUGCAGAUAAAGGCUUCAACUUUUCUGUGGGUGAUGAUGCUUUUGUGUGCCAGAAGAAGAAUCAUUUCCAGGUCACUGUCUACAUAGGCAUGAUUGGAGACCCUAAAUACGUCAAGACUCCUGAAGGCCUGAAGCCACUUGAAUGCUUCUACCUGAAACUUCAUGGUGUGAAGCUGGAAGCUUUGAACCAGUCGAUCAACAUAGAACAGUCACAGUCUGACCGCAGCAAACGGCCCUUUAAUCCUGUCAUGGUCAAUUUGCCUCCAGAGCAAGUUACAAAGGUCACUGUGGGGCGAUUGCACUUCAGCGAGACCACAGCCAACAACAUGAGGAAGAAAGGCAAGCCAAAUCCUGAUCAGAGGUACUUCAUGUUGGUUGUGGCACUGCAAGCACAUGCCCAGAACCAGAACUACACACUGGCAGCUCACAUCUCUGAACGCAUCAUUGUUAGACAAAGGGCCGGUUCGGGGGUAAAACACAAACAGAGGGCGGACGGGGACCCCGGAGUCUGCAGACAAGCCUCCAACCCAGGUCAGUUUGAGAGUGACAGUGAUGUUCUCUGGCAGCGUGCUCAACUGCCUGACACUGUCUUUCACCAUGGCCGAGUUGGCAUCAACACUGACCGCCCUGAUGAAGCCUUGGUUGUCCAUGGCAAUGUGAAGGUUAUGGGGUCUCUUAUGCAUCCAUCGGACAUCCGAGUAAAAGAUGACAUUCAGGAGGUGGACACCACAGAGCAGCUGAAGAGAAUCUCCAAGAUGCGAUUAGUGCACUAUAAUUAUAAGCCAGAAUUUGCUGCCACUGUGGGCCUGGAGAACACUUCUGAAACAGGUGUCAUUGCUCAGGAGGUGAGGGAAAUUCUCCCAGAAGCAGUGAAAGAUUCUGGAGAAAUGGUUUUUAGCAGUGGGAAAACGAUAGAGAACUUCCUAGUGGUGAAUAAGGAACGUAUUUUUAUGGAAAAUGUUGGGGCAGUAAAGGAGCUUUGCAAACUGACCGACAACCUAGAGAAUCGGAUUGAUGAGCUGGAGAGAUGGAGUCACAAACUUGCCAAGCUCAAACGACUGGACAGUAUGAAAUCUACUGUGAGCUCUGGAGCAUUCAGUCAAGCAGGAAGUCAGUUCAGCCGUGCAGGAAGUGUGCCACACAAAAAGAGACCUCCCAAAAUGGCCAGUAAGGCCCCUUCUGUUGUCACAGAUCAAGCUUGCAUUAGCCAAAGGUUCCUUCAAGGCACCAUCAUUGCCUUGGUGAUCAUCAUGGCUUUCAGUGUGGUGUCCAUGUCUACCCUCUAUGUGCUAAGCUACCGCAAUGAGGAGGACUUGGUGGAUAUAGAGGGUUCUUUCACUGUGCCUAGCAAUUGCCUUCUGGCUCUCUUUCGGCACAGAGGUCCUGACAUCCCAGUUGCUCUCUGUCCACGGACCAAUGAGAACAUUGAUAAGAAUCAAAUUAUGUUUUCCACUGCUGCCUCAUCAAAUACACCAGUUGAUGCUCUCCCUUCACAGCAUGCCACAACACGUGUGCCUGAUUCUGUCUAUGGAUUGUCUGCCCAAAGUGUAGUUGUGUGUUUGAACCCACCUUGUUUCUCCACAUGUUGUUCUUCUGUCCCCAACAAUGCAUCUUCUGCUGCUGUUUCUGAGGCUACCACCACUGUUACCACCAACCGGACAGACCAAAGCCUUAUGUCACUCCUACCAGUGACCAACAUCAAAGCCAAAUCAAGGGGAGUCACAGGCAAGGUGGCUUCUCACACAAAAUGGCCAAAGACUUCGGAGAGAUCACGUGGCUUUGGAAGCCCCAAUGCCAGCCCAUCCUCCCCCUUUACCCACCUCCAGGGCAAAUCCAAAUACAUUUCCAAUCUUCCUGUAUCAUAUAAUAGUUUCCCCCCUGGGCAGUUACGACAGCGACGUAGCAUCAACCAACCAGGUCCAGAGGAGUCAAGCACAGGAAGCACCGACCAGGAUGCUCCCCUUCUUCAAACCAUAGCACUUGUGGAGAGUAAUGUGGCUUUCAAACCCCAGGCCUGUGCUUCUGCUGAUGAAUGCAGCACAGGAAACAUCACUUACCGCAUCCCCAUCAGCAAGUUUACUUCUGUGAACACAAACCUGACUUUGGAAAUGAAUGCUUCUUCUGCUGUGUCUGCCCAUCUUUGUAGUCUCACAUCCACCAACCCAUGUCAGCACAGUGCUGUGAACACAGACAACUUCUCUGAUACAGCAGAUACUCAGAGUGCAACAUACAGAUGGCCUGUGAUGAUGAUGCCUUUCCAAGAGUUUACCUACCAUUUCCGAUUUUCUAAGCCUGGCCAAGCAAACUGCAGUACUGCUGUGGACCAGAGGGGUUCUGUCUUUACUGACUAUUAUUUCCAGUUCUACUGGCUCUGUGAGUGAGCCUCAGGAGGACCACUGUCAUUUCACAGGAGGAGAAAUGAACCCAUAAGACUCAUUGGACUGGAUGUGCUCUUCUGUGAAUCCCAAGCCCUCUCCUGUUGACUCUGAUCUUCAAGCCAUUGAGCUGGUUUGGUUCCUCUUUCUAGUGGUGGAAUAUUGACAUUAGAAUGUCAUGCAACUUUGGAGGAGGAAGACUACCAUUAGCAAAACACUGAAAUACUGAGGCAUGUUUCUUUUGACAAGUUAUAGGAACACUGGCAUCCACUCCUGCCUUUCCCCCCUUCUUCUUACACUGGAUUUGAAAAUUUUACACUGGAUCAUGUUUGGGUUUUGUCCAUUUGAACACCUCAGAACUGUAAAAUACAGUUUGGCUAGGAAUGGAUCUCCAUACUCAAAUAAGCCAAUGAAACAACUUUCUAAGAUAUUGAAAUUUCUUAUUGAUGACGUUGGGAGCUCUCUUUUAAAUGAAGUGGAAACACUGGAUUUUUUUCUGUAAAGGAAUAUUCUGCCUGGAUGUGUUGCAAGUCAUACACUGGAGUUUCUGACUUGGCUGGCAGCUAACCACUUCUCUCUACAUCUGUGCUCUGAAGAAGUCCUGGUGACACUGGAACGUAUGACUGACUAGUCAUUUUGAACAGCAACAGCCAGUGGACAAGCUACAGGAUUUACCUCUGGCUUCUUCCUGCCUAUUCUGCCACAUAUUUACAUUCCAGGGAGAGCAAACCUCAAGGACCUUCUUAGGUUGGCUAGUUUCCCCAUCAAUGUGCCUUCUUUUUUUUAGGGUUGGAUGACAAAUGCUUCUCAGAAAGCUUAGUAUAUAUUCUAACCAGCUUCUCUUAAACUGACUCAAAGAAAAUAUCUCGACUUGGCCAUUGAACUCUACAAGUCUGAUAUUUUGUUUUAUAGAUUGUGAGAGCCUUACAAGCGCCAUAAUAUGGCAGAUUAAAAGCAGCAUGUGGCAAACCCAUGCUAAGCAUUACCACCUUGUGCCAAAGGCUGAGGCCACCAGAAGAGAUCUACCCUACACAGAAAAUAUCCAGGCUGAAAAGACUUUUGAUCCCCAAGGGGUCUAUGUCAGGAACAAACAGGACACUUUUUCACUCCAGGCCUUAAGUCUUUUUGAAAUUCUGAAGAUAUUUUGGGUAACUUACUGUUACAAGGUUUUAACUUGCUAAACCACUGAUCUUUUUUUUUAAGGAGCUUGCUUAGUUAUUGAUCUGCUAGCCUCUCAUAGGAAACCAAAAUGGGCCGGUGCUGAGCACCAGCCUCCACCCAGGCUCUAAACUGGGUCCUGGGACAAAUUAGGACAGUUGAACAUGCACAGCUAUUCAGCAUAUCAGGCUUUUACCCUGUAUUCAGAGGAGCCAGGUAACAGACUCCUCUUUAAGAGUGAGCAGAGCUGCAUGGGGAGGGGACUGGGAGGGGAAGAACAGGAAGCAUUAGCAAGCUGUUGACAUUCUUCUCUAAUCCUGAGUCUGAUUUUAAAUCAGUGUCAUUAUUUUAUUAUUUUUAUUUUUUGCAGUAGAUGCACAAAAUUCUGCCCUUGGGUUAUUCUAGUCACCCAGCACAGAAAAAGGGCUAAUGUGUGAAGGAAGGAACUCUGUUGAUGGCGGUUUGGGGUUUUUUUUUUAAAUGCAUUGGUGAAAGAUGUAAUGAUGCCUGCAUUCCUGGAUGAAGCUGCCUAUUAUUUGAUGCCCUGAGGUCUUUUCUACUGUACAGGUUUGAUCUGGUUUAAGACUUAUUGCCUCUUCCAAAACAACAUUCUUGACAAAAAAAAAGUUCAGAUGCCACCAAACCAUACAUCUGAAGAUUCUGGGGGAGAAGCCAAAGUCAUGAAAGAGUUCUAAUUGUGCGCAUAUGACCUCUGUGUCUGUUGGAGCUUGUCAUGGCUGCUGUCAUUCCUUACGAUCCUGUAUGUUGAGUUCUUGAGAGCAGUCAUCAGGAAAUGGUGCAGCAAGGUCUGUAGUAUCCCACUUACUGGGAGCAGCAGAGAUAGGCACCAGGGCCUUGGACAAAGAUCCAGUAGAGAAUGCCUUGAAAAGUCUAAUCAAUAGCCUGUGAGGUACCUAGAUGUCAAGAAACAAAAGAUGUAAAGAAUGUACAGCUGCAAUUGCCAAUACUCACCACUUUGUGGCACUGUUCCCCAAGAGACAUAGUACAGUAAUAGAGUAUUUUUUUUCUUGACGGAGACAGAAAGAGAAAAAGUGACCUAGGGGCACAAUUAGAUGUGAUGACAAAGAUUCAUGAUUGCUUUCUCCCUCUUAACAGCUAUUUUGGCACCUCAAAGAUCAGGAAUGUCAUUCACACUGGAAUAUGUAAUUUGACAAUAACUUACAGCUGUUUCAUGCUGUCAAAUGAGCAUUGACGGAUGGCAACCCUAUGAGAGUGAAACCUCUGAGACAUGCUGUUUUUAGCAGCCCUGCUCAGGUCUUGCAAACUCAGGGCUGUGGCUUCCUUAAUUGAAUCAAUCCACUGUAAUGCAGUCUUUUCCUACUGUCUUCAACUUUACUGAGCAUUUUACAAUGCGGCGGCAGGGGAGGGGGGGGAUAGAAGAGAGCUGUUGCAAAACAAAUACACACUUUAGCCAAGGCAGUUUUCUCCUUAUUUAUAUUGCAAGUCAGAGAAGUGCAAAAAUCAAUUCAGGCUGCAAUCCUGAAAUUGCAGUAUACUCUUUUGUUAGCACACACCUGCUUAUUUGUCAGAUCAAUUUACUUAUUUUACAUGCAGCUGCCACUGGAAGCCAUUCCUUUACUCCUAUCCAGUAAUGUUUUGAGUAGAUGUGUUCAAGUUGACUCAACCUUCCAUCCUUUCUGUUUACAGAUAAACUGCUUAGAGAGUGCUUAGUUCACUAUGCAGCGGUAUAGAUACGUAAAGUGCUAAGUGCUACACUACAGCUGUACCCCAAAAUAUGUAUUUUGCAUUUCUAAUUAUGAUCAUCCAUGAAGGUUCACUUGACUAAACACCAGGUCACAAGGUGGGCACAUCCUACUGCCCUCCGACUAGCAUUUCCUGUAUUUUAGAGAAGAGAGGUUGAGACUGGUUCUCAGCACCCCACCUUCCUGUCUUAGCUUUUAGAGUAGCCACCAUUUGUUGCCAUGUAAUAUGGAUUCUUAUAUUACUCCAGAACAGGCGCCACAGCAGUGCACCCCACAUUUCUAGAGAAUGUAAUAUUCUUGUAUCGCACAGUCAGUUCUCAUGAGCAAGCUCUUUCCCACAGUCACCAGUAACCCACUUCUUGGAGUAUGAGCUCUCCUGCAUGGUCUGGAGCUUCUCAUAACACUCCAGGAACAUGAGAAGAAGCCACCACACAGUAGUUUCCAUCCUACUGGAAUAACACCAGUAGCAACUCAUAGUUGUGGGAGGAUCAGUUGUUCAUCUUAACCAGUACAUUUUAGUUUUGACAGGGCCUGCUUUGCUGUUCUCCUUCCCAGCAGCAGAGGAGACCAGAAACACUCCAUUGCUAUGAUCUGCCAAUAAAACAUUGGUACUAAACUGCCAAUGGCUAAGUGCCAUUGCAUUAAAAACAAUCUGGUGAGGACAUUCACAUUUUGACCUGACUAUCCCCUUGCCUAUUCCCCAGUGCAUUAUAAAACCAGCCAGCCAUUCUCUUACCUAUCUGGAUUAGGGUAAAGGCAGCACAGACAUAUGCCAUCAGAAAUAAAUUAACCAAUCACUUUUUCUUCUCCCAGUCUAUUAGUGAAAUCUGAGAGAAGGGCUGUACAUAUAGCAAACGUUUUCACUGAUAAAUUCACAUCAGUGUUGUCUCUGAGAAUCUGAUUUGCAUAAUCCGUAACAGUAGUGUUCUUUAUAUCAGGUUGUAAUGGUUUUAUUGUUUUAAAACACUGUAACUUCUUAUUAUUGUAUAGCACUUUUUUUUUAAUCCCAAAGUGUUUCACAGUAUUGGAGAGGGAGAAGGAAGAAGGACCUGCCAAAAUGGGAGUUUUAUAGUUGGUAACUGACCCUAUCUCACUUAGACUGCAUCCACUCUGCAGAAAUAAUCCAGUUUGACACUACUUUAAUUGUUAUGGCUCAAUGACAUGGAAUUCUGGGAAUUGUAGGGGCGCCAGAGUAAAGCUGGUGGUUUGACACCACUGUAACUGCCAGAAUUUAACUAUCAGAGCUUAACCACCAGUAGGCCCGGUUUGACACCACUUUAACUGCCAUGUCUCAAUGCUAUGGAUUUCUGGGAAUUGUAGUUUGUUAGGGCACCAGAGCUCUACUCUGGCACCCCAACAAACUACAAUUCCCAGAAUUCCAUAGCAUUGAGACAUGGCAGUUAAAGUGGUGUCAAAGUAGAUUAUUUCUGCAGUAUGGAUGCAGCCCAAGUUUCAUGAGGAACAUCAAGUGGACUGACCACCUAGAUGGUCAUCACCCACCACUCCUUGCAUCAAGAGUUGUCCCCCACAACUUGUGCCAUUUGCAUACUUUCCCAAAAUGGAAGAAUUAAGAAUUAACAACUGGGACUCUUCCUUGGGCUACCGGAGAGAGCUGGAGUUGGAGCUUCUUGCCUAGCUGGAAGCUCUCUUUUAAGUUGGAACAGGAAAUCCUUGCUACACCUUUUGCGACAAGGAUGGAUAGGGGAGCCAACUUUUGAAGUCUGGCUCUUCUGUGGGGAUUGUGAAUCAGUUCUCAAUGGAAAAUUCAUAAGCCUUAUAUAUCUUGUUGAAGCUUAAAGCCUGUAAAUACAUUUUGUGCCAUCACUGUGAACCUUAAGAUAAAGCACUAAUUUGUUUUGUUUAUCACAGCUUUAAUCACUGUAUAUUGUCCACAAUUUCAGAGUCAUAUCCUUAGUGAGUACUUUUGUUAAGUUUUAUUGUUAUUUUGUUUUAGUGGAGACUUUUCCCCACUACUGCCUGUCUUUUCUGAUUUGUAUUUAUAUUUUGUUUUCGUUUUAUUUGGAGCUCUGGUACUCAGGACUCUACUUCUGUUUUGCUUAUCUAGACUUUUAUUCAUAAGAAAUGUACCUAUAUAAAUAAAUAUAUAAGUAUACUACUUUGUAUCUUA